UCGUCAUCGUCAUCACCGUCUACAGCUCCAGCGACAGCACCGACAACAACCAGGCCCAUCCACAUCUCUUCAGACCGCAAGACCAUCACGCUACACGACGCCAACGGAGAAACAACGACGCAACUAUUCUCGCCGACCCCGAAAAUCAGCAGUGAAAAACUCGAGCGGGCUUUAGCCCCAUUACUACUCCCACCACUUCCAUCUUCUGGACUCGAAUAUGCCCACUCUCAAUCUCCAUCUGGCUGGCAACUUGAUCCACAACACGGCGAUGCGAUCCACCGGCAUUUCGCGUUUGAGUCCAAGGCCAAGCGAGAGGAAGCCAUCGAGAGGAUCAUGCGCGUUGCCGACGAAAUGAAGCAUCAUCCGCACAUAGCUCGUGGUGAAUGGAAUGCCGCAAGUCCGCCGCAACAGGACUCCCGGCCCUGGUCUUGCUUUCCUCUCACAGUAACAUGCACGACGCACCAACCGCGCGGUCUGAGCGGGAAGGACGCCAGGCUGGCGGCUGCGGUUGAUGGGCUGGCACUGGUGGACGACGACAUCCUGUGGGCUCUGGAAGAGUGGGAUGUGCAAGGGGGAACGGAUACCGGCCGAGAAAUGAUUCGCCGGAUUCGAGAAGAGCAGGCUAGGCUUGUUGGGAUCAAUCGACGCGCUAUUGCUGAUGCUCUGUCGAGCUGUGGCUGCGCUGAUGCGAAAGCCGAG